GCCCGGAACCGGCGCACUCCUUUUGGCGGCAACCCGAGAGAAGAGAAGGCAGAGGAUGAAGAAGAAAGGCGAAAGCUUUUGAGCACAAGCAACCUCAGAGGAGGAGAAGAGAACAGAAAGAAGAAGAACAAAAUCCAAAUCGUCGGGCAUGGGAGUCCAUGGGCUGUGGGAGCUUUUGGCCCCCGUGGGGCGGCGGGUGUCGGUGGAAACCCUAGCGGGGAAGAAGCUGGCGAUCGACGCGAGCAUAUGGAUGGUGCAGUUCAUGAAGGCGAUGCGGGACGAGAAAGGGGAGAUGGUCCACAACGCCCACCUCCUCGGAUUCUUUCGUCGCAUCUGCAAGCUCCUCUUCCUCCGGAUCAAGCCCGUGUUCGUCUUCGACGGCGCCACCCCCGCCCUCAAGCGCCGCACCCUCGCUGCCCGCCGCCGCCACCGCGACAACGCCCAGGCCAAGAUCCGCAAGACCGCCGAGAAGCUUCUCCUCAAUCACCUCAAGGCGAGGAAACUUGAAGAAUUGGCGGCGGAGAUUAAGAACAGCAGGCGGCAGGAUGAUGAUUUGAAGGGGAAGAAGGUUAUGGAUGAAUCGAAGGGAAAGCAGGUGUUGUCGUCAGGUGAGGAAAGUGGGGCAGGUGGAAGCGAUGGUCGACAGAGUGCUGAGAAAGCUGGAGGGGGUUCCACUCAGGAGAGUCUGGAUGAGCUGCUGGCAGCAUCGCUUGCAGCUGAAGAAGAGAGGAAAUUUAAUGAAAGUGAACUGGCAUCUGUAGGGGAUGGACCAUCUUUGGAGCAAGGGGAUGAUGAUGAUGAUGAAGAGAUGAUCUUUCCAAUUGCACAUGGUAAAAUUGACCCAACAGUAUUAGCUUCUCUGCCUCCCUCGAUGCAGUUGGAUCUCCUUGUUCAGAUGAGGGAGAGAGUGAUGGCUGAAAACAGGCAGAGGUACCAGAAAAUUAAGAAGGCCCCUGCAAAAUUUUCUGAACUACAAAUACAAUCAUAUCUUAAAACUGUUGCUUUCCGCCGGGAGAUAGACGAAGUACAGAAAGCUGCUGGAAGGGGAUUAGGAGGUGUGCAAACAUCAAGGAUAGCUUCUGAAGCCAAUAGAGAAUUCAUAUUUUCAUCAUCAUUUACUGGUGAUAAACAGAUGCUUACGUCAAGAGGAGUUGAAAAAAGUGGAAAUGUGGAUCAUCAUGCAUUGGAAAAGCCAAUGAUUUCAAAUCCAGCUAGCCAGUCUAAAUCUGCUACAGAUGUUUCUGUUAGUGAACUUAUCAGAGAUUUUGGACCUGAUGUUGAGACAUACUGUGAUGAGAGGGGGCAUGUUCGAGUUAGCAGAGUUAGAGGACUAGGAAUGCAUAUGACGCGUGAUCUACAAAGGAAUUUGGAUUUGAUGAAAGAGUAUGAGCAGGAAAAGGUAUGGGGAGGGAGCUGCAAAGAUCCAGAGCCUACCAAUGCCAAAGAAGUUCCUAAUGUCUCAAAGAGUCUUUCUGAAAAUAGUCUGACUCUGAGUGCAUGUAUAAGUAAUGAAAGAAAUGGAGAAACCACCAGCACAAAAAAUGGGGCAUUAAUUCUAGAAGAUGAAAACCAUCGUUUUCAUGAGUCACCUAUUCUUGGCAACAAGAAUGCGAUUGAGAUAUCCUUCUCAGAAGAUGACAGUGGAAUGAAGGACAUAGAUGAUAAUCUAUUUCAUCAUUUAGUUUCUGGAAGUCCAACGGCAAAGUUAUUUGAUCGAAAUUCCCAUCCAGAUAGAAGCACAAGUGAAUCUGAAUCAGAAUGCAUUUGGGAGGAGGGAAUGGUUGAGGGAAAUGCUGGAAGUCAAAAAAGUGGCCACAAGGAAAGUCAAUCAUUUUUGGCAGAAAGGAACAGUUAUGAAGAAGAUGAAGUGGACUGGGAGGAUGGGGUAUGCCAUGUUCCUAGAGUUGCUUCUCCCAGGCAAGCUAAACCUGAAAAGUCUGUUUCAAUUGGAUUGCUGGAGGAAGAAGCUGAUAUGCAAGAAGCUAUAAGGAGAAGCCUUGAGGAUUUUGAAAAACGAAAAUCUUCAAUAAUGACUUCAGAAAAUCAAAUCUUAGGGAAAUCUAGUGAAGAUAGAGGCUUUGUUGGGUCCCUUUUUAACAAUUCAACACUUUCAAAAAGUAGCAGGGACACUAAUGUUCAUUUAGAAAGCCAUAUUGGGAGAAGUCUGCCACUGUCUGCUACGAUGGAUGAGCAUGGACAACAUGAUAAUGCUAGCAGACAGGAUGUUCUGCAGAUGACUGAUUCUGGGAAGAAGCAUCUUUCUCCAUCAACUUCAUCUGGAGUUGAUGUUGAUAGAAAAUCGUCUCCAAUGAAUGAUUCAAAAGAUGAUGAGAGCGGAAGGGCAUUGUAUCAAAUAAAUGUUCCAUCUGCAGAACCUGUUGAUGGUCACCUAGGUCAGAUAGAGCAAUGCUGCUUGGAUACUUCUGAAGUAGCCAAAAAUGAACAUAAUUUAAUAUCCACAAAUGAAUUUGCUGAGACUAGUUAUGAUAUUAGUGCUAACACGAGUAGUGUUCCUGAUGCUGUUCUUUCUGCUGCUCACCAUGAUGACCGUGCGGCUUCCCAAUCAAGCCUUGCUUUUGGAAAAGGUAAUAAUGAUGAGUAUUCUCAAAAGAGUUCCUUGGUGGAAGAAGCAGUCGAUAACAAUGGCAAAGAGCCAGAACAAGUUAUUGAGAAAAAUAGCAUUCCUGAUUCUGUCAGAGUUAAAACUACUAUUCAGGAGUGCCCAAAUGAUCACACGGAUCUCUUUGAAGCUCAUCUGGAUAAUGAAAUCUCACUUCUUAGACAAGAAUGCUUUGACCUUGGAAAUGAACAGCGGAAGCUAGAGCGGAAUGCAGAAACUGUGAGCAGUGAGAUGUUUGCGGAAUGCCAGGAACUGCUUCAAAUGUUUGGGUUGCCGUAUAUAAUUGCACCUAUGGAAGCAGAAGCUCAGUGUGCAUAUAUGGAAAUGACAAAACUUGUUGAUGGCGUUGUAACUGAUGAUUCUGAUGUCUUCUUAUUUGGAGCUCGGAGUGUCUACAAGAAUAUUUUUGAUGAUCGAAAAUAUGUGGAGACAUAUUUCAUGAAGGAUAUUGAAAGUGAGCUUGGAUUAAACAGAGGGAACAUAAUCCGCAUGGCAUUGCUUCUUGGAAGUGAUUACACUGAAGGAGUCAGUGGAAUUGGAAUUGUCAAUGCCAUUGAAGUCGUACAUGCAUUUGCUGAGGAAGAUGGGCUUAACAAAUUCAGGGAAUGGAUUGAAUCUCCAGAUCCAUCUAUUCUGGAGAAACUUGAUUCUCAUACUGGAUGCAGUUCAAGGAAAAGGUCGUCAAAAGCAAGCAAAGAGGAUGCAGAUGGAAUGAGAAAAAAUGUUGAACUGUCUACGUUUGAAGAAACUGUCUCAGGAGGCCAUGAUGAUCAACCAUCUGUUAGUGGCACUCAGGACAUUAAAGAUGUCUUCAUGAGUAAGCAUAGAAAUGUUAGCAAGAACUGGCAUAUUCCCCCAUCUUUUCCUAGUGAGUCAGUUAUUACUGCAUACACUUCUCCACAAGUUGAUGAAUCAACAGAACCUUUCUCAUGGGGAAAGCCAGAUUUGGUUCUACUUCGCAAGUUAUGCUGGGAAAGGUUUGGGUGGGGUAACCAGAAGGCUGAUGAAUUGCUUGUACCUGUUUUAAAUGAGUACAGCAAACAUGAGACUCAGCUGCGGCUGGAGGCAUUUUUUACAUUCAAUGAGAGAUUUGCAAAGAUUCGUAGUCAGCGAAUCAAGAAGGCCCUAAAAGGAAUUACAGGCACCUGUUCUUCAGAUUUGACAGAUGAUCUUGUACAAGAAGACUCCAGUUCCAGAAAAAAAAGAAGAUUAAGCCCUUCUAUGCCAGAGGGAAGCACAUCUGAUAAUUGUUCCAAUGCUAAGACUAAAAGAGGAAGGCAAGUCUCAAAGCAACCAAGAAAACAGAACACCGGGAGCAAAAAUAUGCAUCCAGUGGAUGUGGCUACAGAAUCGGUUAUUCUUAAUGAAUCUGAAAGUUGUAAUCAAAGUGGAUUGUGCGGAAAUGUGAGAGGAAGCAGAAGAGGAAAAGGAAGAGGGACAGGCAGAGGAAGAGGAAGACGAAUAACUGAAGAAAAACUUAAUUAUGAACCUGGUGACGAUGCUGCUUGCACAGGUGCUUCAGAGAGUCACACCGAGGUACCAGAAGCCAAAUCAGAAUUACGCAGGUCAACGCGGCCACGGAAGCAUGUAAAAUAUGCAGAAGAGGUUUUAGAAGUUGAUGAGCUUAAUGUUUCAUCAAACCGGAUAGAUGAAAAUGACUUGCAUGAAGUUGCAGUGGAGCACAAACUGGCUGAGGAAGAUGGUAGUGCUACAAUUAGAGACUCUAUCCUUGGCAAAGGUGGGAGCCACCCUGAGAAUAGCCUCUCAAGAGACUCCCUUCUAAGGGGAGGUGGAUUUUGUGCGGACAAAAACGAUGCACAGGGGGAUGCAUUCCAGCCAGGUGAUAGCCAAAUGCAGGGUUCAGCUGGCAAAGAUGAGGAUUGGGUUGGAGAAGCCUCUGGCCUUGAUUAUGGCAAAGAAAGUCCCCUUAAGGGCAAUUUUUCUGGUGACUACCUUCACAGUGGAGGUGGGUUCUGCAUGGAUGAAAGCAACCUACAAGGUGAAGCAAUUCAGCCGGCUGCAAGUCCGGUCAUGGAUUCAGUCGGGCCCUUAGGGGAAAUGUCCUGUGUUUCUAAAGAUACUCAAAGUUUGGAUUUGGGUUGUAUUUCUGGAAACGAAGGUACAAAGAGAGUAUCAGAAGACAUUGUUUUAGGUGAUUUGUUGGAAGUACAUGAUGAGGUCAAGCCCGGAUUAAGUGCUAUGCCUUCACUACAACGAAAAAGAAGGAAGUUGUGACAGGUACUGCUGCAAUAUCCUGAGGUCCUCAAUUUCCUAUAAUAUUCACGUUAGUGUUACUGAUGGUGUUGUAUGCCCCAUUUUCUUUAGUGUACAUAAUCACAUGUCAAAAGGAAAGUACAGGACUGGAAUAGAGAAAAUAUGUGCUAUAUGAACUUAUCGGUAAAACAUUGAAGAAAAUGCCUGCUUUUUAUCAGUUAGAAGAGCAUCGAAUUCCUCUAAUUUUGUGUGUAAUAGGAAACCACCUAGCUCAACUGAUGAGCAACAUCUUGUAAACUUCAUUUUUUCUUUGGCAGGCAAAGUCUGCCAUGCUCAUUUGGUCUUGGCUAUAAACGAGUUGGGUCUCGAAAUUUCCAUUUUGUACCCGUCAUUA